GGAAUUGACAUGGCAUUUAACAUUCUAUAGAGUUGCAGCACGACCAACGUCGUUGCUACCUUCGUUAUCUACAAAGUAAUAUGAUGACAAAGUUUCGCCAAAAUGUAAUUUGGUCAUCAAACUAAAAAAAAUAUAAUUGAAUCCCUAAACCAAAAUCGACCUGUUACUCCGGUUACCGGCUGAAGUUAGAUCUCUCCCUGCAAACUCUUACCCUGGAUAGAUAUGUAAGCUAUAAGCUUCAUUGGAAUAUAUCCUCUGCAAAAAAAUCAAGAAAACCCAAAUAACCAAUUUUGGCGGGAUUGCCCUAACCAACCCUCUAAAACCCCCAGCCAACCCUCUAAAACCCCCCAACAAUCAAGAACCCCCCAUCCCCCAAAAUCUCCCUCCGUCACCCCCAGCGCGAACCAGAGCCGCCACCGUACGCCGCCGCCAACCAUAGUUCUCGUUCAGCCGCUGCUCCCGACAGACUUAUUUCCGGCCCCCAAAUCUCCCUCCGUCACCCCCCAGCGCGAACCAGAGCCGCCACCGUACGCCGCCGCCCACCAUAGGUCUCAUUCAGCCGCCGCUCUGGUCAGACAUCUUUCCGGUUCCGGUUAUGUUUUGGAGAUUAUUUAGGUUUUAUGCCAAAUCUCUUAUGUCUCUGGAUUCACGAAGUGUUGGGACAAGAAAUAAGCCGAGUGUUGUUGAGUUGGAUUUUGAACUAAGAUUAGUCUCCUUUUGUCUCUCAUUCUUUCUGAAGUCUAAAUUGGGUUCUGAAGUUAAUAAAUCAGAAAUCAAAAGCCACAGGAAGUCUAAAAUCCAGAAUAUAGGAAGUACAGAGUACAGAUUGAUUGUUUCUCAUAUGCUCAACUUCAAUGUGAGGAAAGCUGUUAAGAUUGCUGUUGGAACUGAUCUGAUUAAGAUGAUGAAUCCUACUGCUGUGAAUAGGUACAAGAGAUUUUCUAAGUCUGGUUUAGCUGCCCAGAUUGCUACAGGCCCACUGCCUGCUCCUGUUAAUAUGUCUGCCUUUGAAAAGAAAAACAAUGAAACAAUAUUAGUGUUUGAUCUUGGAGGUGGAACCUUUGUAGGGACAACAACAUCUGUUGUUCUUGCACAAGGCCUAAUUGAUGAAGGUGUCAAGGUUGUUGCAGCUGGUGGAACAUAUUUAGGAGAGGGCCAAAAGGGGUUUUGUACUGAGGAAGUGACUGAGCUGAAGAAGUUGCUACAUAAUGAAAUUAAAAUAAGAAAAGCAGCAGAAGAGGAAACCAACAAGCUCAAAGAUCAGAUUAUGAAGUUUUCAGAACCAGAACUAAAAGGUGGAAAUUCUGACAUUGUAAACCUCCAAAAAGUGCUGGAAGAAGAGACUCGUCAGAAAAAGAGGUUGGAAGAAGAAGUGAACAUCUUGAAAAGCCAAUUGUCUCAUCUGACUUUGCACGCUGGUCAAAUUAGAAACAGUCCUGAUAGAGAUGGAAAUGGCAGUUUGCUUUCUGUUCUAGAUUCUCUGUCUCCACUUAGACAUCUGCCAUAUAAAGAUAGCAAUAAUGGGGAGAGAGGGGCAAUCACCUAUCUCCAUGGACAAGUUGGACUACACAAGAUUUUGUCACUACUCGAGUCUGAAGAUGCUUGUGUGCAGAUUCAUGCUGUAAAAGUAAUUGCCAACCUAGCAGCAGAAGAAGCAAAUCAGGAGAAAAUAGUUGAAGCUGGUGGCCUGUCUUCAUUACUGAUUCUUCUUAGAAGUUCUGAGGAUGAAACUAUUCGCAGAAUAGCAGCUGGUGCUCUUUAUCUGAGGAAAGUGGACCUGAGAAUGUACUCUGCAUACCAGGGCCAUGGUUGAGUAGAUGAGUUCAUUGUUGAUUGAGCAGGAAUCUCAUUAUGCUUGUCUCUCUUACUUUCAUGCUAAGCUGAGCAUACAAAGACUUGCAUGCUCAGCUUACGGGGGGUGUUGGAGGAUACAUGCGUCAUUCUAUACUUUUCCUUCUUUAUAUAUAGCAAUGUACACAGACCAGAAAACUUGAUUCUUCAUUCUGUAGUCUUCACUACAACAAUACAACAAUAUUUCAUUCUUCUCUGCUUACUGCUGUGUGCCUGUGUAUAUUCUGAUAUAUCUUCAGCCAUAAAAUUGGUUUAAAUAUACUAACUGUCCUUUUCCUUUUUUUCUUUGCAGGGAGUUAUGGACUUCUUUGGCAGCGGCCUCAGGGAAGAAAACCAGAGCCUCAGGGACGAAAACCAGAGCCUCAGGGACGAAAACCAGAGCCUCAGGGAGGAAAACCAGAGGCUCAGUGAGGAAAACCAGAAGCUCACGGAUGAAGACAUGAUGCUAAGGGAGGGUCUUAAAACAAUUUAUGAUAAAUAUGACUCGGUGUUUGAAAAGAGCAAAAAGACAUCUACCGACUUAGCGGCUGCACAGCAAGAAUUACAUUCUGUUAGUCAACGAUUAGAGGCGACCUCUCAACAGGUAGAUGCCUCUGUUGCUGAAAGGAUGGAUCUAGAGACCCAACUGGACGAUGGUAUUCGAGAGGUUAUUUCUUUGGAAGUAUCGUUGAUCCUUCAAAAGGGAGCUAUGGGUAACAUAGCUAAUAUACUUGGACGGCUUUCUCGAUCUUAAUUUUGUGAUAGUAUAUAGUAUGCUGAUAUACUAGGACGUCUUACACUGGUGAACUGUAAAGUUGCGAAGGAGUGUUGGGAUAAUAUGUCCAGAUUUGCCAACAUUGUAUUUCUCUGCACAAGUCAUCGAUAGAGCUUCCUGUUUAAAAGCCGGAAGAUGCACACCUUGGAAAUUGGAAUGACGUUUUCUCACUCAAGGUGGCUGAGGCAAUAGCCAUCGGGAAGCCUUAUCUUGGCUCAAAUAUUCUCAGACUAUAUCAAAUUUAAACUCUACGUCUCUACUUUAGGUGUUUCAUCUUUUCAUUUGAUUCUGUUAGAUGUAAAAGAUAGUCUUAGGGGUUUUUCCCAUGUGUCCAAGAUUCUUUCUAGACUUUCAUGAAAAAUAAAAAACAUUUUGAGCCCUUU